AUGAUCGAUCUUUUUCUUCUUCUUUCAUUAUGUACAAGAAUAAGACCACACAGGAAAAAAGUUUCUUUUUGAAGAAUGGAGCUGCGGUGUUAGAGCAGAGCAUUCGUUUGUUUAAUGGAAAAUGCAAUCCAAUUCGGACAUACUCUUCUCAACAACUCAAGAGGGCAACGCAUAACUUCGAUCAAAGCAGACUCAUUCACUCGGGUAUAAACUACCAAUUGUACAGGGGAGAUGAUGAAGAAGAAGAUCGUGAAAUUUCGGUGAAAGUGUUCUUCCCAAGAUCUAACCAUGAACGACACUUGAAAAUGAUUGCAAACGAAGUUGCAGUGGCAUCAAAGAUGAGCAACCACAAAAACGUUUUGAAGCUCUUGGGGUACUGCCCUCACACAGAGUUGCCCAUGUUGGUGUAUGAGCUCCCUGUUCAUGGUAAUCUCCUCCAUAUUGUCAGUGCAGAUGGUGAAGAAGCACCAUUUGAGACCAAGUUAAGGAUUGGUAUUGGAGUAGCCAAUGCGGUUGCGUAUCUCCACCACGGCCAUUCAAAGACCUUCAUCAAUCGAGAUAUCCGUAGGGGACAAGUGUUUUUAGACCAAGACUAUGGUGCCAAGCUGUGUAGUUUCUAUGCGUCAAUCCCAAUUCCAGAAGGUGAAACUCAUGUAGAAGCCGAUGUUUUUGGGACUAAAGGGUUUACUCCUCCAGAGGUAGCAAGGUACGGACGUUAUACAGAAAGGAGUGAUGUCUAUGACUUUGGGAUUCUAUUGUCUGAAUUGUUGACAGGAAAGAGCUGGGGACAAAUACUUUGGGAUAAUAUGAUUGAUCUGGCUAGUCGGAAUGACUUGAAUGACACGGAUUAUGAUGAAAUAAUGAAACGUGAGUUAGAUGGCAUGAUGUUGCUAGAAGAUGAAGAAAUAGGAGGUCAAUUAAUAGAAUGCGCCAAACUAGUAGAAAAGUGUAUCAAUGAAAAUGUAAAUGAGAGACCCAACAUGGUGGAAGUAGCAAAAGCUCUCAUUUUGAUCAAAACCAACACUACCCAAUAAUAAUAAUAAUAUCAACUAUUUUACCUGUUAUGUUGAGAUGCACCAUCUAAUAUUUAUGUUUUUUUUCCUUCUUCUUUAAUAUGCUGCUUAUUUAACUUGAUCUAUUUUGAUUUUGAGUUUGUCUCU